GCUUAAAGAAGAGAGGAGAUGUUUGUGUAAGUUGGAAGACUAGAAGAAGGAAGUUCUUGAACAGCCACCUUUAGGAGACCUCAGUCCAUCCUCCUUUCCUUCUGAAAGGAAAGUGGAGCAUUUUCAAGACCGGAUUUACAUUUUUGUGAGGAUGAUCCCCAGGGGUGAGUGGCCGCGUUGGGCGUGGUGGAAGAGAUGACGCCAGAUGGGCAGCAGAAGCAGCACAAAGACUCCUGGGAAUCCUUGGAACCACAUCUGGAUCUUUCAGGCUGCUGUUCCGGGUCUCCAUCCGCCGUCCUUCCUCCUUGUCUCCACUCGUGAAGCUCUGCCCCCUCUGAGCUGCCUGUCAGCAUGGCCAUCUCGUCACGACUCGCUCUCUGGGAGCAGAAGAUUAGGGAAGAGGACCGGAGCCUCCCGUCCGCCUCCCCGCCUUUGCCUUUCUCCAUCAUUCCUGGGGGGUUCAUCAAGCAGCUCGUGCGGCAGAACGAAAAGGAGUCCAAGGCGCUGAGGCUGAAAGAGGAAGUUGCCUCGGAUUCCCAGGAAGAUCCUCCCGGGAAGCCGGAGGUGGGGCCCGUGCAGCAGUUUGUGAUCAAGGAGGACGACCGCUUGGAAGAGGGGGGCAGCAUGACCAGCAGCAGGGGGCAGCUGACACAGGGCAGGCUGAACGGGGAGAAGCCAUCGGCGGAAGGGAGGGUUGCCCUCCCGGAGAAGAAGACGCUGCCCUUCAGGAUAGGCCCCCCAAGGAGGAACGCCAAGCUCUUUGGGCCCGAUCCGGCUCCAGCUGCUCCCCCCAAAGUGGAAGAGAAGGCCCCCCUGGCCGCAGCGCCUGCUGCAGAAGCAAGCGAAGGCCCGCCGGACUCCAGGCCUGGCACGGCAGCUGCCCGGGGCAAAGGCCUCGAGAGCCCCAGGAAGGAGAUGGCCCAGGGAAGGACCAAGCCGGGCAGGGGGGCAAGAGGGACGGGGAAGAGGAAAGAGACCGGGGCAGAUGGAGAGGAGCUGGGAGAGGAGAGAGGGAAGGGAGAGGGGGAAGGGGACGUGGCCGAAGGCAAGAAGGGGCCAGGAGAGGCGUUGGCAGCUGCCAGCCAGGAGAGGGGAGAUGCCAGGAAGGGGCCUGAGGAAGCCCAGCAAGCAGAGGCUCCGGCUGGAGGAGGGGGGGAGCAGGGACCCCCUGGAACAGCAGCAGGGGUUGAGGGGGGCCUGGAAGAAGCAGCGAAGGUCUUGGCAGGAGAAGGACGAGAGGAUCCGGAAGAGAGUCCCGAUUCCAGCCAGGUCUCUGAGGACAUCUGGUUUGAAACGGAGAAAGUCUGGCUGGUUCAGAAGGAAAACUUUGCUCUUGCCACUGAGCUGAGGCCAGACGUGGGCACUCCGGAGCUGCCUCCAGGAACCGUGCGUGCUCGCCUGGACGCCGAUGGCUCCAUUGUGGAGGUGGACGAAGAGGAGGUCCAGAAGGCCAAUCCAUCCAGCCUGGACUGCACCGAGGACCUGGCUGCGCUGGUCAGCCUGAAUGAGGCGAGCGUCAUCCACGUUCUCCGCCAGAGGUGCCAGGCACAGCUGCCGUACACAUUCGCUGGCCCUCACUUGGUGGCCCUCAGGCUGGCUCCCUCUUUGGCCAGCAGCUCCAGAAAGGCCUUCCAAGGCAGGAGGGAUAGGAUGUCUCCGCACAUCUUUGCGGUGGCGCACAGGGCCUACUGGCGCAUGCUGAUGCAGAGGCAGGACCAGGCCAUUGUGCCCCUGGGCAGAAGCAACACGGGAAAGACGGCCGCUUGCCAGAGCAUCCUGGAGUACCUUGUGGCCACCGCAGGCAGCGUGGACAACCGGGUCACAGUGGAGAAGAUCCAGGCCGUGUUCACGGUGCUCAGAGCCUUUGGCACAGUACCCGCUGGGCCUAAUGGAGCCUCCACCCGCUUCUCCAUGGUCAUGGCGCUGGAUUUCAGUGCCUCUGGGCAUGUAACGGCUGUCCAUCUCCAGACGAUGCUGCUAGAAAGAGCCCGGGUGGCGCAGCAGCCCGAGGGAGAGGGCACCUUCAACGUCUUCUCGCAGAUGCUGGCAGGGCUGGACUUGGACCAGAGGUCAACUUUGCAUCUGCAUCAGAUGGCAGAGAACAGCUACUUUGGCAUCAGAGCCAGCCUCAAGGGAGAAGAGAAGCGGGAGGCUGUGGCCGCCUUUGCUCAGCUCCAAGCUGCGCUGGGCACCCUGGGAGUCGAGGCGGCUGAGCAGGAAGCGCUCUGGCGAGUCUUGGCUGGCAUUUAUCACCUGGGGGCUGCCGGUGUCUGCAAAGUGGGCAGGAAACAGUUCCUGAAGUUUGAGUGGGCCAACCGGGCAGCGGAUGUCUUGGGCUGCGAGGCGGAGGAGCUGACCACGGCUGUCUUCAAACACCACCUGCAGCGGAUCCUUGAUCAGGUCACCACUGGAGCCGGCCUGGAGGAGCCAUCCGAUGGACCCAAGCUGAGUGGGGUGGAGUGCCUGCAGGGCAUGGCUGCUGGUUUGUACGAGGAGCUGUUUGCAGCCGUGGUGAUGCUGAUCAACAGGUCCUUCUCCUCCAGCCACCUCUCCAUGGCCUCCCUGAUGGUGGUGGACACCCCCGGCUUCCUCAGCCCCCGGCACCAGAAGGGAGAGCGGGCAGCCACCUUUGAGGAGUUCUGCCACAACUACGGGCAGGAGCGGCUGCAGGGGCUCUUCUACACGGCCUCCCUGGAGUCCGAAGUGGGCAGAUACCGGGAGGAAAGCGUUGAGGUGCCUUUUGAACUGCCUGAACUCUCCCCAGCCGCCACGGUGGCCCUGGUAGAUCAGCACCCGUCCCAGAUGCUCCUCUCUCCCGGGGGCCCCUCGGAGGGCCCCCAGGGCCUGCUCUGGAUCCUGGAUGAGGAGGCCCUGGUCCAGGGCUCCAGUGACAGCAGGGCCCUCGACCGCCUGUGCUCUGCCUUCGGGAAGGAAGAGCAGGGAGUCCUGCGCAGGUGUGAGCAGCCCCUGCAGUUUGAGGUUGCUCACCGACUGGGCAAGGACCCCGUCCGCUACGAUGCCACCGGCUGGGUGAGCAAAGCCAAGUGGAACCUCUCUGUGCAAAAUGCCAUCCAGCUGCUGCAGCGGUCCACGAUAGGGUCUCUGAGGAAAGUCUUCCUGCCACGCGCUCACGUGCCCCUGCUCUGCCGGUCGGUGGCGGGCUGGGAGGGCCACUCGCAACAGGCCCUGCAGCGCAUUGGCUGCGUCAGGAAGACCUUCACCAGCAGCUUUGCCACCAUGAAGAAGAGGUCGGUCUGUGCCCAGAUCAAGCUGCAGCUGGACGCUCUCAGCAAUCUAGUCAAGCGGUCUCAGCUCCACUUUCUCCACUGCCUUGACCCCGGAAUGCCGGAAGAGCCUCGACCCCCCACCGAGGCCUCGGAAGCCGCCCCAGGACCGGCCUGGGACAUUCCCACCCUGCGCGCCCAGCUCUCCGGCAGCCUGAUCCUGGAGGCCCUGCGGCUCUACAGAAUCGGCUAUGCGGAUCGCAUGGAGCUGGCCCAGUUCCGGCGGCGUUUCCAGGGCUUGGCUCAGCCAGAGAUGAGGAGGUUCACCUCAGCCUAUGAGCUGACGGAUGAGAAGAAGGCCCUGGAGGAGCUCUUCCGAGCCCUCGACUUGGAGAAGAAGAGCCUGGCGGUGGGCCACACUCAGGUCUUCCUGAAGGCCGGCGUCCUUCUGCGGCUGGAGAAGCAGCGAGAGAAACUGGUGUCCCAGAGCCUGGUCCUGCUCCAGGCGGCCUGCAGGGGUCUCCUGUCCCGCCAGAGGUUCCAGAGAUUAAAGAUUCAGGGCCUGGCUGCCCGAUGCAUCCAGAAGAACCUGGCCGUCUACCGAGCCGUGCAGAGCUGGCCGUGGUGGCAGCUGAUGUGUGGCAUCCGGCCACUCCUGACCAUCAGCCUGGCAGAAGGCCAGCUCCAAGUCAAAGAGGAGGAACUUGCAAUGCUCCAAAAGAAGUUGGAAAAUUCAGAAGUUUCUCGCCAGGAGCUUCGGCAGAACACCGAAUUGCUGGAAACCAAGGUCAUAGACCUCACGGCAGAGCUGUCGGAUGAGCGCUUGAAAGGAGACGUGGCCUGCCGGGUACUGGAUGCAGAACGGGCCGAGAGGCUGCGGGCAUCGAAGGAGGCCAAAGAGCUGCAGGGCAAACAGCUCCAGCUCCAGAAGCGGCUGGAGGAGGCCGAAAAGCAGCUGGGGGAAACACAGCAGCAGCUUCAGCUCCGUGAGAUCGAGGCCAACAGCUCUGCAAAAGGGGACGAGUGGCAGAUGCGCCUGGACUGUGCAGAGACCGAGACGGCAUUUCUGCGGAAAAGGAUCGCCCAGCUGGAAGAGAGGCUGCAGCGGGAGCAGCAGUCCAAAGCGGACGUGGAGCAAAAGCUCAGCCAGGUCCAGCAGCUGUACGGGGAGGCCAGGCGGACGGCCCAGCAACUGAAGCGGAAGUGCAAGCAGCUGACCUGCGAACUGGAGGACACCCGGGUGCUGAUGGAGAACCAGCAGAUCCGCAACCACGAGCUGGAGAAGAAGCAGAAGAAGUUCGACCUGCAGCUGGCCCAGGCGCUGGGGGAGUCGGCCUUUGAGAAGAGCCUCCGUGAGAAAGUGGCUCAGGAGAACUCCAGCCUGCAGUUCCAGCUGGGCAGCCUGCGGCAGAGCCUGGAGCGAAAAGAGUCAGACAACAAGGGCCUCGGCCAGCGGGUCACAGCGCUCAGCUCCCAAGUGGAGGGGCUCAGCAACACAGCCAACCUGGAUGCCGAUGGCCCAGCCGCCCUGCAGAAGAAGCUGUGGGACCUCGAAUCCAGGGCCUCGGAGCAGCAGCAGGAGCUGAGCCAGCAGACAAAGGCUGUUCAGCAGCUGGAGCAGCUUCACCUGAGAUUGGAGCUGCAGCUGGAGCGGGCGAAGCAGAUUCACCGGAAGGAGCUGGAAGAUAAGGAGGAGGAGCUGGAGGACACCCGCACAUCCUGCCAGAAGCGGCUUCGCCAGCUGGAGAUGCAGUGGGAACAGGAGUGUGACGAGAAGCAGGCCCUCCUGCGCGAGAAGCGGGAUUUGGAGGGCCUGGUGGCCACCCUCUGUGAGCAGAUUGGCCAUCGGGACUUCGACGUGGAGAAGCGACUCCGGCGCGACCUGAAAAGGACCCACGCCUUGCUAGCCGACGUCCAGCUGCUGCUGGAGACCUCCGGGGCAGACCCAGGCCCAUCAGGAAGCCAGGAGGAGUGGGCCAAGCUCCACAGCCAGUGGGAAGACAGCGCAGCCAGGUGUGCCGAAGCCCUGGAGUCUCAGAAGAUGUUGUCACUCGAGGUGGAGAAUUUGCACUCGGAACUGGAGACGGCCACCAGGAACAAAAACUUGGUGGACGAACAGCUGUACCAGCUGCAGCACGAGAAGGCCGACCUGCUCAAGCGCAUCGAGGAGGACCAGGAUGAUCUGAACGAGCUGAUGGCGAAGCACAAAGCCCUGAUUGCACAGUCGGCCACAGACCUCGCCCAGAUCCGAGAACUGCAGGGGCAGCUGGAGGAGGUGAAGAAGGAGAAGCAGGCCCUGCAGGAGAGACUGCAGGCGGCCCAGGCCAGGCUCUCCUACCUGGAGCAAGCGAUGGUGGAGCGCUCCAUCGUCAGUCGCCAGGAGGCCCUGAUCUGCGACUUGGAGAACAAGAUGGAGUUCCAGAGCAUCCAGGUCAAGCGGUUUGAGGCACUGGUGCUCCGUCUCCGGGACCGCGUGAUCAGGAUGGGAGAGGAGCUGGAGAAGGCGAAGGAAAGCGAAGCGCGCGAGAGGGAGAACGCCCACUACUGCCGGCUGCGGCUGGAGGAGAUGAAGGCCGACAUGAGCGAACGGGCGCAGAGGGAGCUGGAGGCCAGUCGCAAGCGGGUGGACCUGGAGAAGCAAGUGGACGAGCUCUCGGCGGUCAAGCAGACUCUGCAGGCGGACCUGGAAACCUCGAUCCGGCGCAUUGCAGACUUGCAGGUGGCUUUGGAAGAGGUGCAGUCGAGCGAUGAAGGCGAGACGGAGAGCAUCCAGACAGCCCAGGAUUCCCAUGGUGCACGGCAGGAGACGGAGAGUCAGCUGAGUCUGGCUUCAAGUUCAUCGCUGAGCUUAAAUCUGGAGUCUGAAGGAAGCGUCCGGUCGUGGCUGGAGACGGGGUCAGGUUGGACGUCCCCAUCGGCUCCCAGUCUGGCUGGAAGCAGCUCUCAGCUCUCGGUGGACGGCCGGAGCCUCCCGAGCCUGAGGGCGAACAAAGACCAAGAGAAAAGCUGGCAUUCAACCUCCUUGCUAAGUGCGAAAAGGAAGGGCUACGGACGGUGUGGAGGAGACCCGGAAAGCCCUCCCGUUGGCUCUCUGAGGCGUGACUCUGGGCGGCCCCAGGGCGGCCCCAAGUCAGAGGCUGCUGUGUCCCUCUCCGCAAGGAGGCCGGUGUCCUCUCCGGCCCCAGCCAAAGAGACGCUUCCUUUCUCUCCCUUCCCAAGCAGAAAACUCUCUCCUUCGGCGGAGGAGGACCGGCUGCCCCUGUCCUCCUCUGCGCUCUCUGAGUACGUGGAAGGGCUGCGGAGGGAGCGGCUGAAGGCUCAGGCGCCUUUGGAGGAGGCCUCCUCCUUGCCCAUUUACCAAACGACCGGGGCUCCCUUCCUCAGGAGACGCAGGACCCUGAAGGACAACGAAGACUUUCAAAUCGACCUGGAGGAGCUUGGUGCAAACCCUGGAGUUGACCUGGUUCGCUCCUCCAGUCUGAGAAGCAUCUCGUCGGAUUGUGGGCUGCGGCCGUCCUUCUCCCCAGUCCUGAAAAGGGCCUCCCGCUUUGGCUCCUUCGACUCCCUCGUGCAGAACACCGAGGACCCUUACGCCAAAGUUGCCUCUCCGAUCCUGGGUGGGGACGUGGUCGGCCCGUCGCGGCCGAUGCCAUGGAGAAGCUGCCUGGAGCCCUCCUUGGAAGAAAGCCUGGAUUUCGGGAAGGAGCCCCUGACGUUCCAAAGCAAGAGGCUGGGGGAGAUUCCAAGUGAAGGAAAGGAUCCCUUUCCUUGCAAAAUACCAACGCUAAGUUACGAGCGAAAAACAGAGGCUGACUUGGACGACUUCCUGCCUGCCAUCCGGAAAGCUCAGUCCACCAGUAGCCUGUCCAGAGGCCCCAAGGAGAGGAAGGAGGGACAGCGGCCCCCCAGUGUCCAUUUUGAAGACCACAUUGCCCCUCAGCGCACUUUCCUGUCUGAGAUAAAGACCGUUUUAUCCCCACAGUGGAGAGCUAAGGAGGAACCCGGCAAGCUCUCCGACUCCGACUCCUCUUCUUCAGGCUCGGCGAUGUCUUUCAAAAGCGCCGACAGCAUCAAGUGCCGGCCCAGAGUCCGAAGGCAGGACGGGGAAGGCUGCGUGGGGGGCCAAGGGAGCGUGGAAGGGGUGAAAGUGGACCCACGGUCCGAGGCCGAAGGGAAAGAAGACGAUGUGACCAGCAUCAUGAUGAAAUACCUUGGAAAAGAGUAAGGGCUUCAGCAACGGCAUGAAAAACGGAUCUGCAAGCAGGUUUUCUUCUGUGGAUGAUGGUUUCUCCCCCACUGGUGCUGCCAGAACCAUAAUGCACAACCGUGGGUGUGCCUAGGUGUGAAAGAGACGAAUGUGCAGGCCUUCCCCAUCGGGAGCCGUUUGGGGAGCUCUCUUGGAUUGACGCCAAAUAAAACAUUUUGGUUCUUGGA